AUGUGGAGAUGCCGAAUAUUAGCAGAUGUAGCCCGUGGUGUGCGUGACACGGCCACUCGUCCUAGUACAUAUCCCUACCAGCGCGGUGGCAGAGUGCAUGCACGCACUACUAAUAGUAACAACCAUAAACUUAAUAGCAACAACAACAAUAAUAAUAAUAAUAACAAGAGAUCAUUUUGGUUGUUUCCCUUUUCGUGGAGUCCAUCCAAAGCAUUUGUAUGGCUGAAGGCAAACGCGAUGGCGCUUGCAACCUAUCAAUUCUUCCUUGAGGCAAGUUGCACUUCCUACUUUGCAUGGUUGUUGCUGCAUGGUGGGAUGACGACAAGCGACAUAGAGGCACGAAUGCGCAAUAGCAAUAGUGGUACUGCAUUACUCGCAGGUCUUGUAGACUGGAAGAGUGGGCAACAUGCGGAGGGAUACACUAUUGCUGGUCACCAUAUAGACGCAGAAACACUCUCAGCAUUUCACACAGGGCAUAAUAUCGCUGCUGGACUGUUGCCACUGCAGUUAGUGCUGCUUGCCCUCACAUAUCCAGCGGUGAGACGAGUAUGGAUUAGGGCUAGUGGACCCCUCACAGCAUCACUGCGGCAGAUGAGAGAUCGGAGCAUAACGAAUAUCUUUGGAAAUCGUUUCGCAGGUUACACCACUACAUCUGCAGCUGCUGAAAAUACUGCGGCGUGUAACCCUUUCGGCAAACAACAACGACGUCGCAAGUAA